AUAGCACAGGGUCAUUUUAAUCCGGAUCAUUUUGAUCUUCUCGCGAAAGCAGCCCUGAUAGCACAUAAGUCUCAGUUAUGUUGCAGUUAUGUUGCAAAGACGGUUCAAUGUCUUUGCAACAUAACUGAGACAUAACUGACAAUGAGACUUGUCGUGCUAUCAGGGAUUUGCCUUGUGUUGCUAGCAGCUAGCUGAUCCGGUAGUGAAUUUUCUUAUUAAUGUCUUGGAUUGAGGACGACUCCUUUUUAACAAUCGAGGACGAACGAGUUUAUAAAGAUUUCUGAAUUGAUAUGGCCACAUUCUGGUCCAGUCAAAAAAUUGUUCGUGAUCUGUUUCCAUCAGCUCACGAAAAUAGGUUAAAUGGAACCCUUUGGAACACCGUUUUUCUUCACUAUUUACUGGUCGUACCCACCAUCUUCUGUUGUUUGAUUCAAUAAGCAAACGGCAAUAUAAAGACAGUAAAUUUAAAAAUUGGGAGCAAAGUUGUAGAAAGAUUAAUAAUCGCCGGGCAUCCAUUGUGGCUGCGAUCGAUUUGACGCUAUCGCGAAUCUUUGCGACUAUUGUAGACACUCGUUCAGCGACACUCUUACGACAUGCGACACAACCUGUGCGACUAUUGUAGACGAGGCUUAAACCGCUCACGGCCGCGCCCGUACCGCGCACGCGUCGCGCUGCGCGAUCGUCGCUGUCGCAUACGCGAUCACUUGUAUAUACCGCCUUGUAAAUACCAUCAACGUAUAACUUGUAAUAAAUCCAUUGUUUUGUACAAAUUGUCGUCCAAAGUAAAUCGUGCCCUGACUUCCACGCGAACUCUGGUCCGGCGAGCUCGUCCGGUUUGCUAAACACCAUAACGGGGAGUCGUUUCAACUGUAUGCAGUUUUUCCGUAACAUGUCAGCCUAAGCACGUUGCCGUUUUACUUUGUAAAAUGCGAACUUCUCUUUCUGAUGAACAACUUUCAUUUUUAUUCAGUGUUUGUCGGAGGACUAUUACAAAUCAUAUGAAUUCAGCAAGAGAAGAUUUGCAAAAGAACCUCGUUCCACAAUUCAUCAAUCGGAAUGAUCGUUCAGUAUUCCUUGCUCAUACGACACCAAUGUCAAAAGUACUAUUCGACAUUCCCGACAAUAAAGCCUGCAUAGUAUUCGAUGCCACCUAUGGCCUGGCCCAAAAUUCUGCGAAUUAUGCAGGACAAAAACAUCUGUGAAGUGAGCAGAAAAAUGCCGCUGGUCAAACCUAAGUAGGUUGCUCCUCAGAUGGUUUCGUUCUAUAUGUUUUUGGACAACUUUGAUACAACGCAUAAUGAUGCGACAAUAUUGCAGGAUUGUUUCCAGAGAUACACGAACGAAAUGAGUACUAUUCAUGAGGGUGAUACGAUAUUAGUUGAUAGAGGUUUUUGUGAUGUGCUGAAUAUCCUAACUGAAGAGAAGAAUUUGAAAGCUCGAGAACUCGGCCCACUUAAUACAGCAGAAGCACAUGCUUCAAGAUGUGUAAUCAAAUGUCGGUGGGUGAUAGAGCAAGUCUUCGGUCGCCUCAAGAAGAAAUUCAAGAUUUUUUCUUUGCCAGCACAUAAUACAACUCUCAAACACGAUCUCGAUUCUUUCUAUAUCGCGUUUGUUCUUUUAAAUUUAUUCCACAAACCAAUUCUGAGUGAUGUCUUGCAUGAAGACAUAGCACAGACUCUGAAAUCUCGACUUAACGUCUCUAAUCGUUCGCAAAUCAUCGUCCAAGAAUUUAAUCUUCCUCAACUGACAAGGGGAACACCAGGUAGUGGCCGCACCGAUUUUCUCCAACUUCAUAUAUGUUGUAGUAUCAAUCCCCAACUACUUUAUGUGGCACAUGAUAUAGCUACAUACUCACGUAUUCGCGAGAAAUUUGCAUUACAAAUUUUUCGUUCGCGUUGAUUCGAGUAUGCGAGCGAGGCUAGCAGAUAGCAAGCGUAGCCUAGCGGAUAAGGCGACGGACGAGAAUUCUGUAUGUUGCAGGUUCGAAUCCUACCUUUUCCCAACUUUUUUUAAAAUAAAUUUUUACAAAAUCUGGAUUAAAGUAAAUGAUUAGACAAUGUAGAGUUGUUGAAUAAAAAAAUUAGUGUUUUUAUUAUUAAAUUUCAUAUUGUAUAUUAACAUGAAUACGUAGUUUCGUCUGCAACUAUACGAAUAUCAAAAUUCGAUUGAUAUCGAUAAUUAAUAAAAAAAACUCCAUAAUCACAUUUACAAUAUUUUUACUUUAUU